AUGGAUUCCCAAACGAGAGACUCAGCUGAAAGAUUCGUUCAGUUUGUGGCCAAAUCGCCAACUCCAUACCAUGCUGUGGCCAAUGUCAAGGAGAAACUCGUGGCCAAUGGGUUCGAGAGCCUUAAAGAGGUUGAUCAGUGGUCCAUUUCGCCUGGGAAGUCUUAUGUGGUGACCAGAAAUGGAUCGUCGCUCAUUGCUUUCCGUGUUGGCGAUAACUACAAGCCUGGAGGUGCUGUUGCUAUCGUUGGUGCCCAUACUGAUUCGCCUUGUCUUCGAAUUAAGCCCAUUCUGAAGAAGUCUGGUGAAGGCUUCAUUCAGGUCGGAGUGGAGCAGUACGGAGGACUCAUUGCUCAUCUGUGGUUCGACAGAGAUUUAAGUAUUGCUGGAAGAGUGUAUGUGAGGGAGUCCAGUGGCAAAUACGUGGCUAGAUUGCUUCAUAUUAAUAAGCCUUUAAUGAGAAUCCCAACUUUGGCAAUUCACUUGAACCGUGAAGUUAAUCAGAAGUUCGAGUUCAACCGUGAAACCGAAAUGGUUCCUAUUGCGGGGCAGGAGGAGUACCGUCACACAUGUGCCACGGAUCCCAACUUGAAGCUCACAGAGCUGGAAUUCCAGGCUGUCAAGCAUGUGGUAGAGAGACACAAUGAAUCCUUGGUGGGUCUCAUAGCCCAGGAAUUGAAUGUCCAGGUUGACCAGAUUGAAGAUUUUGAGUUACUUCUCUGUGACAACCAGCCACCCACACUUGGAGGAAUGCAUGACGAGUUCAUUUUCUCUCCCAGGCUUGACAACUUGACGUCUUGUUUUGCUGCUGCCGAUGGUAUUGUAGCCGCCAAACCCGCAUCUGACGCUAUUCUGAUGAUUUCUCUUUUUGACCAUGAAGAAAUUGGCUCGGUUUCUGCACAAGGUGCCGAUUCGUCAUUUUUGCCUGAUGUGCUCAACAGACUAGUCGAGUCACUGCCUGGAGCUUUGCCCAGAAUGUGCAGCAAGUCAUUCUUGCUCUCUUCUGACCAGGCACAUGGUAUCCACCCCAACUACGAGCGUUUCUACGAGAAAGCAAACCGUCCUCAUGUGAAUGGUGGCCCCGUGAUCAAGAUCAAUGCCAACCAGAGAUAUGCCACCAAUUCUCGUGGUAUUGUGAUAAUUAAGGCUGUUGCAGAGAAAGCAAAGGUUCCAUUGCAGUUGUUUGUGGUGAGAAAUGACUCCCCUUGUGGUUCUACAAUUGGCCCCAUGAUCUCAGCAAAGUUAGGACUUCGGACUCUCGACUUGGGAAACCCACAGUUAUCAAUGCAUCUGAUCAGAGAAACUGGAGGCUCUCAUGAUGUUAUCAGAUUGUCUACUCUUUUCGGGGAAUUCUUCUCCAGUUUCUCCGAGGUGGACUCUCUUGUAGAAUGUGAUUAG